AUGUCGAAUCCCUUUGCGGCGUACGGUUCUGGAAGCGAAUCGGACGAUGAUGCGCCAAGAUUACCGAAAUUGCCUAACUGUGCUCCGACCAUUGUUACCGAUUAUGAUGUUAGCACUGAUCGAGCAGUUGAUAUUUCAAAGGGGGAAAUUGUGUUCAAUCCGACAGCGACGGAAAUUUACAUGCCAGAGCAGGGCCCGAAGCACCCUGAGCGUAAAACUCAGCAAGCUGCGGCUGAAAGAAACAUGCUUGCUGGAUAUGCGGAGAAGGAACACAUUUCUGAUUUCGCCUUCGAAACUCAACGAAAAACGUAUCACUCAUACGGUUACGCAGUUGAUCCCUCGCGAAAUUUAGACGAAAAUGGUGACGAGCUUGAAGAAACUAGGGUCAUUUCACAGACAGGUAUUGAUGAAGGGGCAUCCGGGAACAAUAUCUGGCAAAGUGGUGUCCAACGAAAGAAACGAAAAAGAAAUAAAAACGACGACACUGCUGAUAUCGACAACUGGCAAGGUCCAUGGGCAAAAUACCAGGAUGAAAAGACGAACGAAGAACUCGCUGCUAAAGGCGAAGAUCGCGAAGAGAUGGAUGCUAUGUUGAAGGAGCGGGCAGAACGGAAAGCCAUCAAGCGACAAAUGUUCGACGACUCUGACGAAGAAGUUGACACAACAACGGAAACAUCGACCCUUCAUGUUGAUGGGAAAGACUACCAAGGAAGAUGCUACAUCAACCCCCCUCACGAUGUUGAUGUUAUACUGACGAAAGAAUCUGCCCCUGAUCGUUGUUUCUUGCCGAAGAAACUUAUCCAUACCUACAAAAGUCACACCAAAGCUGUUACUUCAGUGGAACAGUUUCCACUUACUGGUCAUUUACUUUUAAGCUCAUCUAUGGACGGUAAAGUAAAAAUUUGGGAGACUUACGGGAAACGCCGUCUUUUGAGGACCUACUGCGGUCAUAACAAGGGAGUAAGAUGUCUUGAUUUCACUUACGACGGAAAGAAAUUCAUGUCUGGAGCGUAUGAUCGACUAAUGAAACUGUGGGAUACUGAGACUGGCCAAUGCAUACAAAAAUUUUCGAACAAGAAAAUGCCUUAUGUGAUUCGAAUUCAUCCCAAUCCCGAAAGGCAGCACAUGUUUCUUGUCGGCUCAAACGACAAAAAAGUAUCAGCAUGGGACUGCCGCUCUGGAAACAUUGUGCAGCAAUAUGAUCGCCAUCUGAACCCCGUGAAUACCAUCACCUUUAUUGACAACAACCGACGAUUUGUGACGACUUCUGAUGACAAGUCUAUCCGAGUCUGGGAAUGGAAUAUCCCUGUUGAUUUCAAGUACAUCGCUGACCCCGGGAUGCACUCGAUGCCUGCAAUGACUAAAUCGCCUGACCAAAAUUUUUGCGCCGCCACGAGCUUAGACAAUAAAAUAAGCAUAUUUGACUGUUCCAAUGGAAAGUUCCGACCAAAGAAGAAAAAGGAAUUUAGAGGGCAUAUUGUUGCUGGAUAUGCUUGUCGGCCGUGCUUUUCGCCCGAUCAAUCAUACCUUUGCUCUGGGGAUGCAGAAGGAAAGAUGUUCAUCUGGGACUGGAAAACUGGGAGACUCUAUUCCAAAUUUCAAGCUCACGAUCAGGUGGUUAUCGACUGCAAAUGGCUGUAUCACGAAACGAGUAAACUUGUCACUGCCUCAUGGGAUGGGAAGAUCAAGCUCUGGGAUUAG